UAAAUUAAAAAUAAAUUAAAAGGCGGAAGAAAAGGGAAGAAGGAAAGAAAGGGAGCGUAAAAAGAAGCAGAAAUUUCAGUACCAACAGACGUUGCACAAUCCCACAUCCGUGCCCUUUGACUCUCUCGUUGUUCCGUCGUGAGCAUCGGCCGAUCCUCUCUGACCGCUGCCGGAUUUUUCGACGCCGUUCGAAUCUCUCUCUUUCUCUCUUCUUCACCUCCUUGACUGCCUAAUUGUUGAAUCUUACUUCACCUUGCAUUUUGCGUUGCUUGAAUCAGUGGUGUGAAUUUGCAAUACUGUUCUUUUUUGAGGUAUAUGAGUGAUCAUGGGAUCAGCUUGUUGUGUAGCUGCAAGGGAAAGGACCCUUCCAAAGAGAACUGGAGUUGAGACUUUGCAUAGAAAUACGACAUGUUCGCCAUCAUGGAGCUUCCGAUGGGAUAGUCAAAGGUGCGUAGCUGAUGAAAUUGAAGAGCCUUCUUAUCAGGUGUCUAAUAGAGCUAGCAGAAAUGUUAGCAUGGAGAGAAAAGGGACAUUAGGUUGUGGUAGGCGUAAUAUUUCUGAUCAAAGAAAUGCACUUGAGAUUGAGAACUAUGAAAUACCUACUUGUCAAAAAUUCCCUAUCCGUGAAGAUAUGGGUAGGAAUAUGAUGACCCCCUCUUCAGACAUAUCAAGGGCAAGUAAUUAUUCCAUUGAGGUGAAGAAUUUGGCAGAAUCGCCGGAUAUUGUGGAUUCAUCGGCACCAAAGCUUUCAUUUUGUAUACCUUCACCACUCUCACCACCAAUUACAAAAACUUUGUCUGGCCAUAUUCCUUCCAACUCAACCCCAUCUAGAUGGGCUCGCCAUUCACCUGGGCACCGGCUACUGAGGCAGGUCUCUGAUAGUCGAAUUCUGGGACUGAAAUCACCAAAUAAUUAUUCAAUGUCUGAAGGAAGGUCAUCUUUUGUGCUCUCCACGUGUAGCAAUGACUUGACAGCUGGAUCUCAUGGUGGCUCUUCUGAUGGCUGGUCUAUGCGCACUUUUUCAGAGCUUGUGGCCUCUUCUCAAAGAGAAAGGUGGUCUUUUGAUAGUGAACACUUUGGUUCUGGUGAUGGCAAGAUAAGUGGAUGUAGCAGCGGGGUCUCGUAUUCUCCAUCCAUAGGUAUGCGAACUUGUGGGGCUUGCUCAAAGCUUUUGGCUGAGAGAUCUUCGUGGAGCUGCAAUGAAAUUUCAGUGGUAGCCGUACUUGUAUGUGGACAUGUUUAUCAUACUGAAUGCUUGGAAACUAUGACGCCAGAGGCUGACAGAUAUGACCCAGCCUGCCCAAUAUGUAUGGUUGGAGAAAAGCAGGUCUCAAAGAUAUCCAGAAAAGCUUUGAAAGCUGAAGUGGAGUUGAUGGCCAAACAUCUUAAGUUAUUCAAGAAUAGAGUUAAAGAUAGUUUUGCGGAUGGUGAUUGUAAUGAUUUUAACCAUCAACAAAAUGCCAAGCGAGAAGGAAAAGCUCCAAAAUUAGAACCCAGUUCAAGCCGGAGAAGCUCCUUGGCAAAGCCUUUCUUGAAGCGCCACUUCUCAAUUGGAGCUAAGUGGGGCAGAUCCGUAUCAGAAAAUGAUUCUGCCAGAAAGAAAGGGUUUUGGGCAAGACAUAGGAAAGAUUGAGUUCCUUCCUCUACUGCCCUGAGGUGAGAGGCCUGCCCGUUCCAUCACAAAAGCUUAUCACUGUAGCAUAUAUUGUCCUUCUUUCCCUUAAUCCAAGGGUUGUGGACCAUUCUCCACGAGUCAGGCUUCCAAGUCUCAACUUUCAAAUGCAAUCAAAUCUCAGCUUCUUGAGUUAGAGAUUCGCCAUCCUGUUUCUAAGGUAAUACUGUCAACAAGAUAGCCAUAGAAAAUUUCCUACACUGAUGACUGACCCAUCUUAUAACUUGUGCUCCUUUGGUGUUUUCCGUUAUUUUGGUUGCCGAUAAGCUAGUGGUAGGUAGGGCAUGAGUCUUGAGGGCUACCAACUUUGAAUUAGAGCAGAGUAGAAAUGUGUAGUUUGGAAUUCUAUAGGUAAUAUGAUCGUCUAAUGGUAGGGGGAUUUUCAAUGUCCAAGGCGAUGAAGUUAUUUCUUUAUUUCUGGACAUAAUAUCAAGUGAAAUUUCUGUUUUAUUAGGUUUCAUUGAAAGAUGCAACUGAAUGUUAUAUAUAAUAUCCUCUGGAUGACUGCUCUGAAAGGGAACCUACAGUUUCAGCCAUUGACCGAAGCACUGAAUUGAUUGGGAAAAUGACGAGCAAGUAUUCUACUGUCCUUUGCCGCUCAAUUCUAUUGAUAAUAUAACGUUGGGUAUUGCAAAUUUUCUUUUAACUUCGGGAUUCUCUUCUUUGUCUCCCUUUCAGUUUUAUAACAAUUGAAUCAUAAUAACUAUUUUUGUCCAUUCAAAAGACUAUUACAGAAGUUAUUUAUGAUAAUAAUUAUAAAAUAAAUCAAUUACAUAAUUUGUUUAA